UGCAAUAAAUACACACACAUCAGUAUAUAUAAGCUCACACACAUAUAUAUGUGUGCCCAUAUUUAGAGCGAGAGAGAGAGAGAGGAAACAAAAAUUUAGCGGAAAUUUACACACAGAGAGAGAGAGAGGAAGCUAGAAUGGAUGAAGAGGAAGGCAAUACGAAUGGGGAAGAGGAAGUUCUAGGUUCAAGUCUGACACUGGAGAAAGUCGCUGCUGCCAAACAGUUCAUCGAGAAUCACUACAGAAAUCAGAUGAAAAGCAUACAGGAAAGGAAGGAAAGGAGAUGGAUAUUGGAAAGGAAGUUGGCGACUUCAGAUGUGCCCAAAGAGGAACAAAUCAAUCUAAUUAAAGAUUUAGAGCGAAAGGAAACAGAAUAUAUGCGACUGAGAAGGAACAAGAUAUGUGUAGAUGAUUUUGAACUUCUAACGAUCAUAGGUCGUGGAGCAUUUGGUGAGGUCCGAUUAUGUAGGGAAAAGAAAUCUGGCAAUAUAUAUGCCAUGAAAAAGUUGAAGAAAUCUGAAAUGGUUUCCAGGGGACAGGUGGAACAUGUUAGAGCAGAGAGAAACCUAUUGGCAGAAGUGGCCAGCCACUGCAUUGUUAAACUGUAUUACUCCUUUCAAGAUGCUGAAUAUUUGUAUCUUAUCAUGGAAUAUCUCCCUGGUGGUGACAUGAUGACUCUUCUGAUGAGAGAAGACACACUUUCUGAAAAUGUGGCUAAAUUUUACAUAGCUCAAAGUGUACUGGCCAUUGAGUCCAUUCACAAGCACAAUUAUAUUCAUAGGGACAUCAAACCAGACAACCUUCUUCUUGACAAGAGCGGUCACAUGAAGCUGUCAGAUUUUGGCCUUUGCAAGCCACUUGAUUGUAGAACUUUGUCUACUGUAAAUGAAAAUGAGGCUAUGGAUGAUGAAAACAUAAAGGAACCAAUGGAUAUCGAUAGACGCUUUCCCGAUGCUACGAAUGGUAGUAACUGGAGAAGUCCUCAAGAACAACUCCAGCAUUGGCAGAUGAAUAGAAGAAAGUUGGCAUUUUCUACUGUUGGUACGCCGGACUAUAUUGCUCCAGAAGUGUUACUGAAAAAGGGAUAUGGCAUGGAGUGUGACUGGUGGUCGCUAGGGGCAAUCAUGUAUGAAAUGCUUGUUGGCUAUCCCCCUUUUUAUGCUGAUGAUCCUAUGACCACUUGCAGAAAGAUUGUUCAUUGGAGAAAUCACCUGAAAUUUCCUGAAGACACCAAAUUGAGUCUCGAGGCCAAAGAUCUCAUAUGUAGGUUACUCUGUGAUGUGGAACACAGGCUUGGAACUGGAGGGGCUACCCAGAUAAAGGCCCACCCCUGGUUUAUGGAUGUUGAAUGGGAUAAACUGUAUGAAAUGGAAGCAGCCUUCAAACCGGAGGUUAAUGGAGAGCUGGAUACUCAGAACUUUAUGAAGUUUGAUGAAUUGGAUCCUCCAAAACAAGCAAGCUCUGGAUCAGGACCCUCACGAAAGCUGCAUCUUACUCCAAAGGAUUUGAGUUUCGUGGGCUAUACUUACAAGAAUUUUGAUGCUGUCAAGGCACUGCGUUAUUCAUCAGAUCAUACCAGGAGUGCGUCACCAAGACGACCAUCUAUCGAUUCCAUAUUUGGUGACGCUGUGGGUGGCGGCAUCAUGAGAGCGACGCCCAUGGACUCGGACGUACAAAUGAUCACAUCAGUGGACGACGUGAUGUCUCCAUAAACUAGACGGUAACAGAUGUUUCUCCCGCCUCGCCUCGAUUCAGUCGUCACUCAAUUGUACAGUGUGUCUUGACUAACAUUAUUUAGAUGGGGGGGUGGGUUAAUUAUUAGGGGGAGUGUGUGGUAGGGAAAAAUUGAGGGUAGUUUGUGCGGGGAUUGCCCAGGUUGGCAAGGGAAACUUGCUUUCUCUUGUGGCAGCGUCCUUGUCUUAAUUUUUAUGGAUGGAUGGUUGCCCCCACCACUACUACUGCUUCACUACACACUUUGUUUUUUUCAUGCCACCCAAACCAACAAUUACUCUUGUUUUUUGGUUUUGUGAAAUUAUUCUUCAAGUAUUUCUGUCUA